AUGCCCUGUGGGCAGCGGCUUCGUCACCCCAGCCGCGAAGGUUAUGGGCACGCCGCCCCCGGCACGGAUGCAGGCAAGGCCUUCUGCAUGUUCUACGCCGUGCUGGGCAUCCCGCUGACGCUGGUCAUGUUCCAGAGCCUCGGCGAGCGGAUGAACACCUUUGUGCGCUACCUCCUGAAGCGCAUCAAGAAGUGCUGCGGCAUGCACAACACGGAGGUGUCCAUGGAGAACAUGGUGACCGUGGGCUUUUUCUCCUGCAUGGGGACCCUGUGCAUCGGCGCAGCCGCCUUCUCCCAGUGCGAGGAGUGGAGCUUCUUCCACGCCUACUACUACUGCUUCAUCACGUUGACGACUAUUGGGUUCGGGGACUACGUGGCCCUGCAGACCAAGGGCGCCCUGCAAAAGAAGCCGCUCUACGUGGCCUUUAGCUUUAUGUAUAUCCUGGUGGGGCUGACAGUCAUCGGGGCCUUCCUCAACCUGGUGGUCCUCAGGUUCUUGACCAUGAACAGUGAGGACGAGCGGCGGGACGCCGAGGAGAGGGCUUCCCUUGCCGGAAACCGAAACAGCAUGGUCAUCCACAUCCCCGAGGAGGCGCGGCAGGGCCGGUCCCGCUACAAGGCGGACGUGGCGGACCUGCAGUCCGUGUGCUCCUGCACGUGCUACCGUCCCCAGGAAUACGGUGGCCGCUCGGCGGCACACCAGAACUCCUUCAGCGCUAAGCUCGCCCCCCAGUACUUCCACUCCAUCUCUUACAAGAUCGAAGAGAUCUCACCAAGCACAUUAAAAAACAGCCUCUUUCCAUCCCCCAUCAGCUCCAUUUCUCCUGGGUUACACAGCUUUACUGACAACCACAGGCUGAUGAGACGGCGGAAGUCCAUUUAG